CCGCGGGAGGUUUGCACACAAAACCGCGCCCGUUCGUUGACACCAAUGGUUACCAGGGCCGUAACCAUGGGACGCUGACCCAUUGUGCACCCGCUCAAUGCACGAGGUAUGCCGCAUUUGUGUGUCCCAUUGGUGGCCCAGUUUCCCCACAUAUCAAAGUCACUGUUGUGAUUAUUCCGACGGGCAGUUGUCACACAGCAAUGUCCACAAACCUGCCCGUUUUAUGCCCAAAACAGUGGUAGUUUUCAGAAGUUUAGAAAUAGUUUUGGGGGUCACAAUGUAAACUUAUCGAACUUAGGCCACUGACGCCGAGAGCAACUCAGAGAACGUUACUCGUUAGACUAACAAGCCUAACCUAAAUCAAGUUGAACACUUUAGGAUGGCGACAAUGGCAGAAGUUCAGCUGAUAGAAGACACAUCAGGGAACCCAUAUCAAGACCUAAGAGGAAGAGAGCGGUGUGUCUACUUAGCAACUCCCAAAACAUCCAAGGCAGUAUGGCUGACAAGUUUAGGGCCAAAGUUGGUCUGGGGGAAUCAGGAAACUAUUCUGCCCAUCAGCAAGGCCGCAAUGCAAGCUGAGCCUUCACCACGAGUCCAUCAGCUCGCGGUACCAAAGAAAAACUUCCGCAGUCUCAGUGAUGGAAUCAAACGGAUCCAUGUUUACAGCUGCGGUCGUAACUCAGUGAUAUGGGACGUCAGCCCCUUGGCAAUGCAGGCUGAAGCCACCCCAAGAGUCAUGGAGCUGUCUAGAUUCAAGAUGCCCCCACCAGCAUACCGAGAGGACAGGAUAAAUCAUGCACUAAGCUGUGGCCGAGAGUCUCCCAUUUGGCAAGUGAGCGCGGCGGCCAAACGGGCUAGAGAUAAGCACAGCCUAGAAGCAUUGGCCAGGCCAAAGACACCUCACAGAGACUACCAACCACCCAGAGAGGUUGAAACUGUUGUCAGUGACAAUGCAAAGAAGGCCGUUGCCUCACCAAGACUUGAAAGUUUAGCCAGACCCAAGAGCAGACCAGAUGGACCUUUCAGGGAUGCCAAGUGGCCAGUGUCUGAUUUGGCUCGCAACGCAACGGCUACACCACGCCAGCUUGAGCUGGCCAAGCCUAAGGGGCUGGUGGAUGGCUAUCAGCCCGAACGCACCGUCCAGUGGGAGGUCACUCGGGCGGCGCGCCGCACUGUGGCCACCGCCCGUACGGUUGAUCUCUCCCGGCCCAUCAUGCGCGCCACCAUGGACCACGUGCAAUUCAACCCCGACGCGUUCAUUGUGAGUGAGGCGGCCAAGAAGGGCCGCUGUCCGCCCCGCAUCGAGGAACUGGCCCAACCCAUCACCAGAAGCUAAAGGCGUGGCAUAACAUAUUUAUGCAAUACCUUAAUUCAAUGGAUGUCACUGCUGCCAGCAGCAUUACCAAAUGGAAUGUAGUUUGCAAAUUUGCUCUCUCAAAAUCAGGAAUAAGAAUCAUGUGUGAAUUUGCAGAAAAUGUCGGUUCAAAUCUGUUGUAUGAUUAACAAAGUAGUUCCUGGAUGAUACUGUAAAAGUGUUGAACACUUAAUAUGGAAUAAAAAAUAAUGUCAAAUAUUUUCCUACAUGACAAAAGAAUGUCAAUAAUCCAGAAAGGAACAAAAUUCUCAGGAUUCGAAGUGGUGUGCUUUCAAACCUCAUUUUUAAAGUGAAGAAAAAAAAUUAAUCGAGUUUCGCGGGGGGGGGUCAACAAAGGCUUAUUUUACCAGCAUUUCUGUUUCUAUCUUGUGCAUCAAAACUGAACGGAGUCUCCAUCUCUUUACAAAAUUCUGUCUGAGAGCACAAUUAUGCCAAAGAUUAUACAUGUAUUCCCCAAACUUAGUCAUUAUACCUUUUUCUCUUUUUACUCCAAUGUAUUGAAGAUAGGAAAUCUCAGUUUAGUUGUCAGCACCAAAAAAACUGAGAACUGUUGAAUAUCAUUUGCAUCAAAUUACAUGUAUCCGUCCCACAAUGACCGUUUUUAUAUUUGUUGCUUAUAAAAAUGCCAUGUUCUCCAACAUACAUUUUUGAAACUGUGCAUUUACAUGAACUUUUUUGAAAUAAUUGCAUGUAAAACAACUAUUUUCUGCUUGUAAAAUUAAUGGUUUGGUGGACAUGUGUGCUGUACACCGUUCUGUGCAACAAAACUAGUUGUCUGUGCACUGUUAAGUUGGUUUACUUUUUACGCAAGUUUAGCAAAAAUUGUUUUCUCUUAAACAAAAUGAAAUAAUGCUGUCCUACAAUAGCAACCUUCGCAUUUUAAACACUACCGUCCACAGUCCAGAACAAAACAAAAAUUAAAAAUUAUAUUUUUGUGGUGUGAGCCAUUAAAAAAUAUCUGAACACACAUUGAACAUUAUACUUUAAUGUCCACUACAUUUAUUAAUCGUGAUUAUUUCUACAUUUUAUUAUUAUCUGCCUUGUAAGGAAUAUUUGCUAUCACUUUGUAGGUGUAAAAUAACACUGACAAUUACCAAUA